GCGCGCAGGCGCAGGUUCCGCGGGGGCGUGGCUUGUAAACUACCUGCUGCAGGUAGGUUUCGUGCUGCUCUUCCAGUCGCUGGCUCGUUUUCUCUCCGCUGCACACUGAACAUUAGUCAGCUCGCUCAUCACAGGUAAAACCUCACCUGAGACACCGGAAGUGGAUUUUCUUUGGACGUGUUUUCCUUCGUCCCGUUUCCUGAAAUGACGUCAUCCAGCAGCAGGUGAAGGUCACGUGAUGUCAGGAUGCCUGGAUUCUCACCUGAGCCGCCUCCUUCAGAUCACCAUGGUGAUGCCGUCUCCACCUCUGAAGGAAGUGAUGUAGCACCUGUGGAGGAAGUGACGGACAUGGAGCUGUCUCUGGAUCUUUUUCUUUCCACUUCGUCUCCGACGCAGCUGGACGUGGAUGAAGUGGACGGCAGCUGGAGCCAGGACGGAGACCUGCAGGGAUGUGGACAGUUGGAGAGGAGGUGGCUCCUCUGGCACGAGUUCAUGAAAGAACACGCCCACCUGGAUACCUGGCUGCGAUUGGCUGAGCAGGCCGUCAGCUCCUCUAACCCCGCCCAUGUUACCUAUGUUGCUGCCAAGGAAGAGCAGAGGAAGUUCGAGAGGUUGCGGUGCGAGGCCGGAUCUCGCCUCGUCCAGUUGGACAGUCUGACCCGGAGGAACCGGAUGCUGACUCGGCUGUUUCAGGGCGCCAUGAAGGCUCGGCUGCUGGCGUCGGCGAGGGAGUGCGGGCAACGAUGGGACGACGUGAACGGCAAACUGGAAACCAUCACUGGACGACUGAAGCUGUUUGUCUCAGAGUGGGAGGGGUUUGAGGCGGAGAGGGAGGAGCUCGCUCUCUGGUUGGCUGACCUGGACGUCCGUCUGACUGAGGUGGAUCACCUGACAGGAAACACCUGCGAAAAGCUGAGACGUCUCCAGUCUUUCCAGCAGUGUGUGUGCGUGAACUCGGGCCGUGUGAACGCACUGUUGCGUCGCGGCGAGGAGUUGAUCCAACGCAGCCAACCGAGCGACGCGCAGCACGUGGAGAGCCGCCUGCUGGAGCUGCUGCGCCACUGCAGCCUCGUCUACAACAACAUCGCACGGACACACACCCGGCUGCUGAGCAUGAGACUGGUGUUUGAGGACGACUGGAUCUUGUCUCAGGCCACAGACUCCGGCUGUCCGUCAGAGAGUCUGUUAGAGGACGAAGGAGCGCUUGAUAAAGCCAACCUGGACGUCCCUGCAGUGUCCGACCAUGCUGACGACCUGCCCUCACCUGUUCGCCUCCCUCCUCCCUCUCCGUCCUCGCCUACCCAUGAGCACCUGGGGCUGGAGUGGGACCCCUCAGUCGAUAUCGGGCGUUCUGUUUCCCGCGACGACGCCGACUCGUCGUAUUUCAGUGCCAGCACAGGUCUGUGUCACAGGGACGGUCUGAAGAGGCGGAGCUACCUGAGCUCGCUCGGCUCUCAGUCUGACAUCAGCCAGGAAGCAGAUCAGAGACUGUCGGGAUGGUUCGACCACGCCCACCCCGCAGUCUUCUCACCAGCAGAGACGAAGGGGGGAGGGACUCGGCUGAAUGGAGACCAAUGGACGACCUCGACUCCUGACAGAGAAGACAGCGAGCCAGUCAGCUUCGACGGCGGGCGUGUGAGGGCGUGGCUCGGAGUCCAGAGCCCCGCCCCUCUAGAGAGGGGGACUUCCUGUUCCAAAGCGGUGCAGACAGACGGGCAGGUAAAGCUUCACCUGGAAGGAAGCUACAUGGAUACAUCCAACAGCCAACGUCGCCAUGACAACACACAACAGCCUUUUCCUGCCCCCUCCCCUGCACCAUCACAUGACGUAAAACCCUUGUCUGAUUGGAUGAAGCACCAGUAUCGAUCAAACCUUCAGGAUGAAGAGGAGCAGUCCUGCUGGGAAGAAGCUGAGUAUCUUCUCUCUGAACAGAGGGUGACCUCCAGCAGCAGGACUCCUUCCUCCCUGCUCUCCCCAGCCCUCCUCUACCUCCUCCUGGCUGCAGCUCUGGUUCUCCUGGCCUGUCUGAUCUGGGUCGCCCUGGAGCCGCCGUGUCACCGCAGCGGCCGGAUGCCUCGCGGCUUCCACCUGACGCUGAGAUACGUCAACGGACCCCCGCCCACAUGAAGACCGUCCAGAGACUCUCGUGGAGAGCAGCUGGACAAAGCACUUUUCUCAGGCUCUGCAGAGCGGCGGUCUGAAACUCAUCGUGUAAUGUCAAGUUUAUGUGCUCAUUUCAAUUAACCCCCGAGCCUGGCUCGAACAGCAAAGAUCUGACAGAAACCUGCUGGGAAUGCAGGAGGGCAAAGCAGGAUAAUUAGACGUCGAUUCAGGGGCAGCACUGAGUGUCAAACAUGCUUCCACAAUCCCUGAAACAGCAUUCUGCUUUGUUCUUCUCCUGUAAGCAACGCUGAAGAAUCAGAGAAACAUUUCAUUUCUCAUCUUUAAUACUUGUUCUGAGACAGAUGCACCAGUUGUCUUUGCUGUUUGCACAUAAAAAGAGGCAGAUUAAAGGGUUAGUUAGCUGGAGUUAUUUGAAUUUGGGUUGUAUGAGCUACUAAUUCUGCAGUAGACAGCGGCCAGCACAUGUAUGCUAUAUAAGAUGUGUUUUGUUUUGUUUUCUGACGGGAAGUGACCAGAAACAGAAAGUCCAUGUUUAAACCAAAGUAACACAAACUGAUGUAGGCAGCGACAGACCAACAAGCACCAGGUCCUGCAAGGUAAAAUUAUUUUGUCAAUGAAGUUUGGUCACUUUGGAAAGCA